AACAAAAAUGAGUUAUGUACAUCAUCUCUCUCUCUCUCAAUUCUUUCUUCAGCAUCAAUGGCUCAAGGAAUGGGAAAAUCUUUGUUGAAUCAACACACAGAAGAGCACUUCACUGCUGGAGAAAUUGUUCGUGACAUAAUCAUCGGUGUUUCAGACGGACUUACAGUACCUUUUGCGCUUGCUGCCGGUCUGUCCGGCGCCAAUGCGUCGUCCUCCAUAAUUCUCACCGCUGGCAUAGCCGAGGUAGCUGCCGGAGCCAUCUCCAUGGGACUUGGAGGGUAUCUUGCCGCCAAAAGUGAGGCAGAUCAUUAUAUGAGAGAAAUGAAAAGAGAACAGGAAGAGAUCGAUGAUGUGCCUGAUACAGAAGCUGCCGAGGUUGCAGAGAUACUAUCUGAAUAUGGGGUUCAGCCACAUGAAUACAUGCCAGUAGUGAAUGCUCUGAGGAAGAAUCCGCAGGCAUGGCUGGAUUUUAUGAUGAAGUUUGAGCUGGGAUUGGAGAAGCCAAAUCCAAAGAGAGCACUUCAAAGUGCAUUCACUAUUGCAAUUGCUUACAUUGUGGGUGGAAUGGUGCCACUAAUUCCCUACAUCUUCAUUUCAACUGCAAGAAAAGCUGUGAUUGCCUCUGUACUGUUAACUCUACUGGCAUUGAUGAUCUUUGGUUACGCAAAAGGUUACUUCACUGGGAAUAAACCAAUUAAGAGCGCUCUACAAACUGCACUAAUUGGAGCUAUUGCAUCUGCUGCUGCUUUUGGCAUGGCCAAAGCUGUUCAAGGAUAGGAUUAGGAUUUACAUUACAUUCUAGGUACUUGAGCUUUUUCUGGGACAACCUUUGACUUUGAGAUUGUAUUGUUUUAUCUGUGUUGAUUUUAUUUUACAGCUUUGAGACAUUUGCAUUGAUAGAUAUAAACUGUAUCGUUACUUUUCUUAA